CUUGAGAUGGGGAACCAGUGGCUGAGAGUCUGAGACACCCCUGAUCUCUCUCUGCUACUCAUCAGUUUUCAUUAUCAAUAAAUAAAUAUUUGAUGCUUACUCUAUUUCCCCUCUGUUUCUUGCUUUCAAGAAACGAUUUUUGUUCAUGGGUUUUAGGCUAAACAUCAAAUGGGGCGGUCUCUCAGUUCAGUCGCCUCUCUCCACAAGUUCUUCAUCUUUGCCUUCUUCAUAUUCUUGUAGAGGCAGAGACGUUUCGUAUAUUAUGACGAGAGUAUCUGCUGCUUCUGUCCUAUAUGGCGAGGCCGAAACUCAAAACGAUACGUCCAAGGCACAAGCUUCCUUGUCUUCCCAUCAGCUCUUGGAGAAGUAUUUGUUGGAAACUAGAGAAUUAAAGGUGGGACUUGGAAAGGGCUCCGGAGAUAGUAGUGUAUACAGGUUACUUGAUAACGACACUCAGAUUUCUAGCAAAGAGGAUGAGUCUGUCUCCCUUACCACCGCACGAGCAAUGCAAACAUCACAGUACAGAUUGUUGAUGAAGAAUCUCGAUGUGUUGGAGUACAUGUUUGCUGAUUCUGACGUGGUAAGGUUGGAACGAGAUAUUCUGGAGCAAUUAGAAAGACUCGGUGCUCUAAGAUUGUUCAAUUCAUUUCUAUCAAGGACCAUAAAAUCCUCGACUUCUUUUGAUUUGUCUAAGGCUCCAACUGAGAAUGUUGACGAGUCCAAGGUAAAUGACUCGGUGGAGAAUCGUACAGGCAAGGUGGUUGUUCAAUCUGGGAAAAAAGAACUCAGAAAAUUGAGAAGAAACAGAUCAUUGGAGAAGGAAAGUGCUAUUUUGCAAGAAUUGCAUUCAAAUGAUCUUCAUAAGGCUAAACUUGCCCCUGCUAGAAGAAACUCAAGAUCCAGAAACAAAAAGCUCAAGAUUGCUAGGAACGAGGCAGAGAUGUCAAGUGGAGUUAAGAUGGUUGCAGAAUUGGAAAAGCUGAGGGUGGUACUGGAAAAGGAUACGGGUAAAAUCCCUAGCAUGAGUAGCUGGGCCGAAGCUGCCGGAGUUGAAAAGAGCGAGCUGCAACGUCAGUUGCAUUAUGGAUGGCUUUGUAGAGACGAGCUUUUAAGAAGCACGCGCUCCUUGGUUUUGUUUAUUGCAAGAAAUUACUGGGGACUUGGAGUAGCAUUUGAAGAUCUGAUUCAGGCUGGGAGGAUAGGUGUCUUGCAAGGUGCAGAGAGAUUUGAUCAGUCAAGAGGGUACAAAUUCUCGACCUACGUCCAGUAUUGGAUCAGGAAAUCAAUGUCAACAUUGGUGGCGAGACAUGCCAGAGGAGUCCGUAUCCCUUGCACAUUGAGCAAGGCCAUUAAUCAAGUACAGAAAGCACGAAAGUCCCUUCGUACGAGCAAUGGAAAGUAUCCAGAUGACUGUGAAAUUGCCAAGUUUACUGGUCUCACCGUAGCUAAAAUCGUCUCAGCUAGCAAAUGCCUCAGGGUUGUGGGAUCAAUCAAUGAAAAAAUAGGGGAAUCCACCAGCACUAAGUAUAUGGAGAUCAUACCAGAUACAUCGACGAUGACCCCCGAAGAAGCAGUUUUCAGACAGCAUAUGAUCAAGGAUGUGCACACACUUCUCCAUGGGUUGGAUUCAAGAGAGAGAGAGGUAAUAAUCCUAAGAUUCGGACUAGGUAAGAGUCAAUGCAAAUCUCUGGAGGAAAUAGGGAGGCGUUUCAGUGUGAGCAAAGAGUGGAUAAGAAGAAUAGAGAGGGCUGCUCUUACAAAACUGAGGAAUGAGGAAUCUCUCAAAAUUUUGGACCACUACGUAUAUCUUAGUAGUUAGUUCUUGUCAUGAAUAUAUGAGGUUGUUGAUGAUUUAUAUAUUUCUUGUAUAAAAAUGAUGAUAAUAGAUGAAAUUAUGUUUAUGA